GCAGAGCUGUGGUUGUACAGGGUCUUCUGUAGUCAGGCACGCUUUUGCCUGGUUGCCUUGCUGCAAAGUGGUAUGAGGCAUUUCAGAUUGCUGUUUAGAAUCUUGCUUUGAAUUUAAGUGACUGUUUCUCAAAGACUCACAAAUGUAUCUUUGUUCUCAUCAACUCACUGGUGACACUGAGGUGUAGUCCACUUUUAAGCUUUCAAUUUAGAAAUCCUAAUUAUAACAUGGGGAGGGGAAAGCGGGGGACUUAAAUGCCCACUCUUAAGUUGCUGUGCUAUUUAAUGACAUUUUCUGCCCUCUCAUGUUAAAUACUAAAACUCAAACACUGAAUGACAAAGUUCUGUUUGAAGGUUACCCUAGUAUUUUGUUUCUUGAUAGAUGCUUAUACAAGUCCAGUUAUGUUUCUUUUCCCUUUCUCCACAGUGCAAGUUCUAUUUUUGAGUGUUCAUUUUAAGCUUUAAAGCUAACUACCUUAUAAGCAAAGUUCUAGUUGGGUGUGAGAUGCAAUCCAACAUGAGCUGAAUGAAAGCAAGGUCUUCAAGGUUCAUUUUCAGAGCAGUUUCUGGUUUUUUGUGUGAGCCUUCCAAGGAUGACAGUUCUGGCAGUCUUGCAUCAAUAUCUGCUCUCAGUCUAUUAAACACGGGGGAGUAUGAAGCACGGACAGGAAGAAUGUAUAAACCUCCACCCCCAUCAGCAAGACGUAAAAAUAUUGAAUUUGAACCACUUUCAACUACUGCUUUGAUUCUGGAGGAUCGACCAGCAAAUCUUCCUGCCAAAUCAGUGGAGGAGGCUUUACGUCACCGACAAGAAUAUGAUGAGAUGGUGGCAGAGGCAAAAAAAAGAGAAAUUAAAGAAGCACAUAAAAGGAAAAAAAUAAUGAGAGAGCGUUUCAAGCAAGAAGAGAAUAUUGCUAGUGCUAUGGUGAUUUGGGUCAAUGAAAUACUACCUAACUGGGAAGGCAUGCGUGCUACCCGAAGAGUUCGAGAGCUGUGGUGGCAGGGGCUACCCCCAAGCGUACGUGGGAAGGUUUGGAGUCUAGCCAUGGGAAACGAAUUAAAUAUCACUCCUGAACUUUAUGAAAUCUUCUUGUCAAGAGCUAAGGAACGAUGGAAAAGCUUCAGUGAGACAAGUUCUGAGAACGACAUAGAAGGUGCAUCUGUUGCUGAUCGUGAGGCCAGUCUGGAGCUAAUUAAGUUGGAUAUAUCACGCACAUUUCCAUCCCUUUAUAUUUUCCAGAAGGGUGGUCCUUAUCAUGAUCUCCUGCACAGUGUUUUAGGAGCGUAUACGUGUUACAGACCAGAUGUUGGAUAUGUGCAAGGGAUGUCCUUCAUUGCUGCUGUGCUCAUUCUCAAUCUGGAAGAGGCAGAUGCUUUCAUUGCCUUUGCCAACCUUCUAAACAAGCCAUGCCAGCUGGCCUUUUUCCGUGUGGAUCACAGCAUGAUGCUGAAAUACUUUGCAGCCUUUGAAGUAUUCUUUGAAGAAAAUCUUCCCAAAUUGUUUCUUCAUUUCAAAUCAUACAGUCUUACUCCAGACAUAUAUUUGAUAGACUGGAUUUUUACACUCUACAGCAAGUCAUUACCACUUGAUCUGGCCUGUCGUGUCUGGGACGUUUUCUGUAGAGAUGGAGAAGAAUUUUUAUUUAGGACAGGGUUAGGUAUCCUUCGGUUAUAUGAAGAUAUUCUCCUACAGAUGGACUUUAUUCAUAUAGCACAAUUUCUAACAAAACUUCCAGAAGACAUUACAUCAGAAAAGCUUUUUAGUUGUAUUGCAGCUAUUCAGAUGCAGAAUAGUAACAAAAAAUGGGCACAGGUGUUUGCCUCACUGAUGAAGGACAACAAAGAAGGGGACAAGAACCAUAGCCCAGCACUGAAAAGCUAAUCGUUGUAAUGUUGAGGUCAAUUGGAGAUGUGGAAAACCACUUGAUGACAAAGGAGUUUUCACAUCACUUCUAUGUGGAAAAGCACUAUAGAAAAUGUGAACAGGAGAUGGGAAAAUGACACAGCUCUCAGUGGAGUACUGAACUGAUGAAAUCUUCACCCUUUUGCCAGUAUUAGCUUUUGUCGUGGGAAGAUUUAUUUUCACACAGAGUACUAAAACCUAUGAAACUGAGAAGUGGGAGAGUUCAUACUUAAUACUUUAAAAGAAUCAGCUCAAUGCAAUAAACAUUUGUAAUAACUUCUGUUGGUACUUUAAAAAAAAUUUUGAGGCAUAACUUUUUUUACAAAUACCACAAAAGCACUUUUUUGGGGGGAUGAGGGAAAUGCUAAAUCUUAAGGCCCCAAAACUGCUAUCCAAACCAAAUGCUUUGGUACAAAUAUUACCUCCAAAAUUAACCAUUUGAAAGUAUUGAGGACCAAAUAAGGUUGUUUGAUAUGUUUAUGUUUUUUUUUUUUUUUUUUUUUUUUUAAGUUGCAGCUUCAUUCUUCAGUCUGGGCAAAUGUAAUUAACUCAGGAACUGUGGAAGUAUCGUGUCCAAACCUGUUAGAGCAAAAAACAUCUGAAUUUUAAACAGUGGUAAGAUCAAGGCUUUUUUCAGAGCGUACAGCUUUCAAAGCGAGUGGUGUUAAGCAUUCGUUUUGGUGUAUUGGUUGUGCGGCUUAUUGAAAAUGGACUGGGUAUUCUGUGAAAGAGUUUUGCCACCAGAAGUUAUAUUUUGUCGAGCCAUUUCCAACUAAGAAAUACUUGUAUGUAGUGGUGAACACUAGAAACUGACAAAGCUAUCUGUGGACUUUGUGUUGUCAAAGGAGCAGCCACUUUUAACACUUUGGAAUAAUGCAGACACAGAAUUGGUUUUGAAACUAUCUUUUAUUAGUGUGCAAUACUGAAAUCCAAAUAGCAUCUGGUUUAGUGAUACAUAAUUCUUUAACAUCUUUUAACUGUGAGACACAAGGUCAUAUUGUAUGUGUCAUGGCAGAUAUUUUCAAACAUUUCCUAUUCUCAAAGAUGCUGUACAACAGUUUGUGGUUGUAGGGGAUGGAAAUUUAAAAUGGAUAGCACUGCAGGUGAGGAACACUUGCACUCUCUUGGUCCAUUUUUGCUAAUAUUUAAUGUAAAUAAAUUCCUUACAUGUGGGUUUUUGUAACUGGUCCCUCUGUGGAAAUCAAGUCAAAUUACCAUUAUGUAUUUUUUAAGUGCAGGAGGCUUCCAGUUGUCUGGUGUUUAAAAGCAGAGUCUACAUAAUUGGGGUAAAGAUUUAGUGUGGUGUAACUUACAUUGCUAUCUGGUUUAAAAACUACAUAUAUGCUACUCAUAACAUUACAAUUUGAAAUGUAAAUGUCAGAUUUUUCUUAACUUAUGUAUUCACUACUUUAAUUGGAUCCAAUUUGUCUUAUAUUUUUGUGUUAUCUUGUACAGUUUUCUUACUUUUCAACUAUAAAUCUGUAUAUAACUGUAAAUAGGAGGAUCAAACCUUCCUUUAAGACCACUAGCAACACUUCCUGUGUAAAUAAAACUUAUAGCAGGCCU